AUGAGUAUUUCAAAGAAUGUAAAGAAAUAUGAAACUAUUUUAAAAUCUGUUGAAACCGAUUCAGAAAAAUUUGCUGCAUUGUUUAUGAUCACAAAAUUAGUGGAUAGUAAAGAUUGUACAGCAGCAGAGAAGAAAGUAUUAUUUGAAGCUAUUGGAACAAAAUUUUUAACCAAGUUAUUAUCUACACAAGUAGUUCCUGUGGAUUGUCCUCCACAAGUAUAUAAGUCUGUAGCAUUAUCUAUACUUUCUGCAUUUUGUGGAGAACCAGAAUUAGCUUCUCAUCCUGAAAUGAUUACUCAUAUACCUGCACUACUUGAAAUUGUAUCACAAGCUGAUGAAGAUGCAGAUGAUAACAUGUUAAUUAUUGUUAGUGAAGCAUACACAUGUUUGCAACACAUUGCACAAUAUCCUCCUGGACAACAAAUUUUAUUUGAACAGAAAGCAAUUACAAAAAUGUGUGAUAUUUAUGCAGAGAAAAGCUUUCAGACAGAUCAAGCUUUGAACAUUUUAGUUACUUUAGUUCAGAAAUUUGGUCCAGAAGCAUGGGAUGCAACAGACUCCAAGCCUUUCCAUGUUAUUAUAAACAAAAUUGCAUUAGAUUUUGAAACGGAUCAUACAGAAAGAAAAUUUCAGUUAUGUACAAUUUUACAAGCUUUAUUAAUGUCUUGUAGAAAAAACAUAAUUAGUGAAACUGCUAAAGAAGAAUCUUGGCCAUCUAGCAUUCACAAGGCUUUGUCUGAUAUUCUUGGAUCAAAGAUAGGUAAAAAUCAACGUGAUCCAGCAUUAAAACUUGUUUCUGUCAUGCUAGAUUCACUAGGAGCCGAAUGGGCUUUAUUAGAUAAAGAGAAACCAAAAGUAUUUUUGUUAUUAUUGAUUCAACUAGCAUCUAUAGAAGUUAGAAUGCAAGUGGAAGGAAAACAAUUAAAAACUAUAAUGGCAAAUGCAGAUUUGGUUACAUCUUGCUUUAUCAUUAUUGAAAUUUCUGUUGGAUAUAUUACUAAUGAUCAAUUGGACUUAGACCAGAAAGAAAAACAGUCAUUAUAUACUGUUUUAAAAGGAGCUUUUGCUGCAAUUAUUGGUUUACUUACUGCAGUAUCUAAGAUGAAAGAAAUAACAGAUGUUAAAGAAAAAAUAUUUAUUUGUGCUGUGAUAAGAGUAUUAGCAGCAUGGCUUGCUCAGGAAACAACAGCUAUGCGUUCUCAAGUUUAUACAGUCUUACCAUAUGUAUUAACAAUAGCCAAUGACACAUUUUAUGCGCACAGGAAUAGAAAAUUGUCAGAGAAGGCUAAAGCAAAUGCUAAAAUUAAAAGUGAUGAAGCAACAUCGUCUGGAGAAUUAGUUAUUCAUGAUCCUUUAAGUGAAAUUGACUUGUUGAGACUUCUAUUGCCAGCAUUAUGUUAUUUAGCUAUAGAAGAAGAUGCUCGAAAGAUUUUAAUUAAACAUAAACAAGAAGAAAUCUUGUUUGAAUGUUUAUCUUAUCAUUGGACAAUUGUACACCAUAAAAAGCCACCAAUACCAAAAGCAGAAAGAUUAAAAGCAUUAAAAGAACCAGAAAAAGAAGAAGAUUUAGACCUUCAUAUAUCAGAAGCAAUCAAAGAUUCAAGGACAGCCAUGGUUUCUGUGUGUAAUGUUUUAAUGAAUAUUACUGUAUUAGAGGCAAAAUUAGUGGAGGAAUCACCAACAUUUAUUUCUUUAUUGAAAUUUAUUUUCAAUAAUCUCCCAGAACUUAAACAAAUUCCAGAAAAUCUAGUCUUGCAUGGUCAUCUUGCAGUACUGGGAUUGCUAUUAUUGAAACAACAGGCAGCACGUGUCAAGAAAAAUGAUUUUUCCAUAUGUCGAUACAUUCAAGCUACUAUAAGAUUUUUAUGGGAUGCGUAUAUAAUUGAUGAAAGCAAUGAUCCCACAGAACUUGUUGUUGCCAUGUCAUAUAAAGAACGAUGGAUGGAACUUAUGGAAUUAUGGUUUCUUGGAAUGCAAACAAUGGCUGGAGUGUUACAAGUUAUACCUUGGCUUUCACAAUUUACUCUUGAAUCUGGUUGGGCAGAAGAAAUUAUUGAAAUUCUCAAGAAAAUAAAGAUAGGAAGUCUUCAGCCAAACGUAAAAUUUGCCUUUGAAGAUCUACUGUGUCAUUUAGUUAAAGCAGAUGAAAAUGCUGCUUCUGUUUUGAAGAAACAUGGAGCUUUAACAGUAUGCAGAAAUCAUCGUAUGAUGGAGCUUGGAAAACAUCUUUUUGGAGAUUAA